AUCUAUUAAAUACGGAAAAUUCAGCAGAAAAUAAAAAAAUGUAUGAAAAAAUAAGGAACGUUGGGAAUCAUCUCCAUAAUGUUAAAGUAUUGCGAGAUGGCCAAGGACAGCUGUUUGUGUCAUACAGACAACGUCACAAUCAACGCGUAGCUGCAGACGAGUAUGGACCUUGUCCUUACUGUUACGGGUAUUACCCGAAGAAAAUCCUGUGGAGGCACAAUAAAAAAUGUAAGUUUGCAAAUGCAGCGGGAUCAAGAAAACGACUCGCUUUAGAGAGCAGCCUGCUAUUACCAAAAUCAAAAGAAGGAAGCACUAUUUUAAGACGUGUAAUCGAGUCCAUGAGAAACGACGAAAUAAGUCGCAUAGUAAAAAGUGAUAAUACAAUCCUUGCAUUCGGUGAAAAACUCUGUACAAAAAGGGGCCAUGAUGAAGAGCAACACAAUUAUAUUAGACAGAAGUUAAGAGAAGUUGGUAGAUUGCUGAAAGACAUGCGAUCUUGUUCAGGCAAUGUUGAAAAGUCUUUGGAGAAUUUCAUGUAUCCAGAUGCUUUCAAAUUUAUUACACAAUCUUGCAAAAACGUUGCAGGCUUCGACGGAAACACCAAUACUUAUGCUACACCAUCAUUAGCCUUAAAGAUUGGCACAACGCUUCAGAAAUGUCUAAAAAUUCUAAUUUCGAAAGGAAUCGAAACAAACAAUCGGGAUCUGCAAACAAGGGCUGAGGAGCUUUCCAAACUAUUUGAAAUUAAUUGGACGGAUGACGUGUCUUCCAAUGCCUUAAGAACACUUCAUGAGGCUAAGCAGAACAGUCAGAAAGGACUGUUGCCAUUGGCAAAUGAUGUCAAAGUAAUGUCUGAAUACUUACGACAUGAAGCAGAAACACAUGCAAAUACCUUACAAGGAUCAGCAAGUGAUUGCGAGAAAAGGCAAGCAUGGCAUAAGUUGUCUGAAAUCUGCUUGUGCCAAACUAUUCUGUUUAAUCGAAGACGAUCAGGCGAGGUGUCAAAAAUGACAGUCGAAGAAUAUUCAAAAAACAAAUUGACAAAUGACGAUGGAGAAUUAGAUGGAUGUUUAACAAAACUGGAAAAAGACCUGUGUCGUUAUUUUUACCGUACAGAGAUUAUUGCAAAACGAGGUCGAAUAGCUGCAGUACUUUUUCCAAGACAGGUGAAAGAAAAUAUCGACCUCCUCAUACGCAGCAGAAAUUCUCUAACAAACUGUUUCAAUAGUAAAUAUCUUUUCCCAACAAAAUCUGCAUCAUCGCAUAUUCGUGGGACAGAUGUAUUACGUUCAAUUGCAAUUGACUGUGGAGCUGAACAUCCGGAAAGGCUUCGUUCUACAAAGUUAAGGAAACAUAUUGCCACAAUGACUCAGCUUUUUAACUUGUCUGAAAAUGAAUUAGACAUUCUAGCUAAAUUUCUUGGUCACGACAUUCGGGUACAUAGAGAAUUCUACAGAUUACCAGAUGGAACCAUGCAGGUUGCCAAAGUCAGCAAGCUGCUCAUGAUGAUGGAAAGUGGACAAAUUACCAGAAAUUCUGUCAAUUCGCUAGACGAUAUUGAUGUUGACGACGAAUGUAUUGAAGAUGAACAAUAUUCUUCUGAAUCAUCCGAAAAUGAAAAUAGUGAGGACCUUGAAACUCUGCUUCCCAGCACCAGUCAACCAAAAAUAACAGACAAAGAAAAGGGUACUUCAAAUACCAGGAGAACAAAACAAGCAGCCAAAAAGCAAUGGAGUGAAAACGAAAAAGGAGCUGUUCACAGACACUUAGAUCGUUUUUUGAUAAUGGGUAAAUUACCAGGGAAAAAAGAAAUACUUGCAUGUAUUGAAAGUGAGAAUGACCUUCACAACAGAAGUUGGAAAAAUGUCAAAGACUUUUGCAGAAAUUUAAUUGAAACAAAAAAGCGACGGGGACUUUUAACUUAAAAAAAUACUACACAUAUAAUGCACGUUUAGGAGAAUACGUUAAAGGAUGAAGUUGUCACAUGUGUUUUGUGUGUUUUCUUGUUCUAUAUACUCUUUUCGAAAACGAUAUAUGUGUGCUUAUUGUAUUUAAAUGUUUUAUUAAUACGGUUCAGUCAAAAACGAUAUUUGUUCAUAAUCAUAUCGCCGAACAAAUUAGGAUUGGUAUAUAGUUCGGCCAUAGAGUGUUUCUUUGUACUUUCUAUUACGAGUUUCUACGAGUUUCUCACUAUACAAGUUAUUUUUUACCCCAAACUUGGUCAAUAUGAAUGAAUAUAGCAAACAUGAUAACAAAUCAAUCUAGAAGGCUAAACGUUCAGAGAAGGCACAAAAAUUUAGUCGGAUAACUGGAAACAAACAUUUUGUUCAAGCAUAACAAACAAACACUUUUAGAUGUAAUAAGAUAAAUGUAAAUAACAUAAAAAACUACUGCUAAACUACUGCUUCAAUGUGAAGAAUACAAAUGAAUAUUUUGUCAAUUUUACAAAAUUUGUUUUGAAUGACAGGUGCCUGACUUGCAGCUGAGUACUUAAUAGUUAUUUUAAAGUAAAAAUUUACCAAUAUGUAAAUUAUUGCGUAAAUAUCGCACUAGAAUUGAUAAAAUAGUUGUUAAAUAUUACAACAAUUUCCUACACAUACUUUUGUGCAUUUGUUUUGCGUGUAGAUAUUCACAUUAACUAUCAAUUCACAUACCCAUUUCCCAGGCUAAGAUAUUGUUAAAACAAUGUAUCGCGUUUGCGACUGACCUCUUUUAUGCAUUCUAACACAAGCUAUUUACUUGUUUUUUCGAAUACUCUGCAUAUACACACACUUGAACAAGCUGUAGAUAACCUAGAACAAAACAUAUUUGAAACAUAUAUUUAUAUGUGAUAUGUAAAUGCAUGCACAAAGCUAAUAAUUAAUCAUGUUUAUACACUUUGCGAUAUUAUGCUAUAAUGUCGGUUGUUUUAAGUGAUUAAUCAUUAUGUUAACCAUGUUAUCUGCCAUCUGGAAUGUAAUUAAGUGUUUUGACAUGUAUGCGAAAUUGAUCUUGUUCGAUUUGGUGCGGUAUAUUCAGAAUUGAGUCACACUGUUAUAAUUUUCCUGUUGGUACAUAUUAUUUUUAAGUUGGCACCAACAAGGGUCUAACAAUUGAUCCACAUGUGCACUCCCCAGUAAGAAUAUAUACUAUAAUGUAAGUGAUUUAAAAUAAUAUGUAACUACGUGUUUGAUAAGUGUUUGCUUUGGUACAUAUUUAAUUAUUAGUGUUUUUAUAUAAUGAUAAUGCUGUCAAAGUCAGCGGUGCUUAUACGUGUAUAACAACAUUAAUUAUAACUUUUAUAUGGUUUUCUAAUAAUAAUACAUGGUUGACACAUCGGCAUAAAUUUUCAGUGCUUAAAAUACACUCUUUCUAUUAUAUUUUAUGCAAAAAUUAGCUACAUAAGUUGGUUUACAUAAAGGUAGUUUGAACAAAAUACGUGAAUUCAAAUCUUGAAAAAAGGUGUUUGGUUUGCAAGGGAAAACUAAGCGAUUGCCAGUGACUAUUUUCCUUAAAAUAUAAGCUGUUAUUUCGACAGGUAGAAUUAAAUGUAAGUUCAUUAUUAACGUUAACCCGUUUUUGGCAUUCUCUACUCAAACAAGUGCAUACAUACUGUAUUAUUUUAAUACAGCACAUGUGUAAUGGUAUCACAGUUGUAGAAUUGGAAUUCAUAUAUUAUAACAAUAAAUACUGAUCAUUAUUCAGAUUGACCUACCGCCGUAGACUAAGUCACUGGCGUAUCAAAAUGCAUUGUUAUCAAGUCGUUUUGCUAGUUUACUAAACUAUUUUGUUUCUCAGGCCUCGCCACAUUCGUUGUGAAAAGUUCAUGAUUGUUUAAAGUUACAGAUUUUAUUAUUUUUGAAAAUGCAAUUAGUGUAUUUAAGACAAUUUAAGUGAAGUGGAAGUUGCCAUGCGUGUGAAUGAAUUUUCUGAUGUUUACCUGUUUCAGGGGAUUAAAUGCAUGAGUUAUUUUAUAAUGUCAGAGUAAGGACAAAGUAAAUUUACACUACUCAAUCUACAUGCAUAUGGACAGUUCUACUUUUAGGAUAAAAAACUUCAUAGUACGUGAAAAUCGUGAAUAUUUUUUUCUGAUGGACACAAGGAAUUAAACAAAUAAGCCGCCUCCCCCUCUCCUUCAUUCGGUUUAACAAAUAGCGUGGCCUGAAAAAAAAUAACAUUAUUUUUUUGUUUUAAGAACGAAUUGUAUUCAUUUGUUGUUUAAUUGCACCAUGAUUGUUAUGGUAUAAUGCAGCACUUGCAUGCUUGUAGUCGGCUUAUAGCUAAUAAAGUCAUAAAUGUAUUGUUUGAUUUGCGUUAUGUCUCUUAUGCUUAUUUUGAUGUGAAUAAUAUUUGAGUCAAUCAAAUGAGGCAUUUUUGUAGAACUUAUAUAAGGUCAUAUAAUAAACAUAUUUAAUUUAAA